AAAUGCUCCACGGAGCGUGAAGCGUAACUGCAGGAGGGACAAAGGCACAUAGCGGGAGAAGCGGGACAGACCCACAGCUCCGACCGUAAGAAUCCACGGAAUACGCGCAGGGACGUUCGGGUCCGACACGGAGGAAAACAGUGAAACCCGUCCGGGAUCCCACAGACAGGAGGAUGACUACGCGUUUACGAACGGAGACGUGGACGGUAACUUUGCAAAGAAUGCGUGUCAGCGGUGGACCGGGGGCUAUUGGACAUGGCGGAGCCCGGGACAGUGCGCACUGAGGCGGGGACACUCUGAACAGAGGACGCCCUCUCUCCACCGAAGAGAGGACACACUCCACGGAGGCGGCUUUCCACGGGACUGGAGUCAAACUUCCUCUUCGGAAUAAGUUUUCCUGGGUUCGCCAAACUUUUUUUGAACUUGCAAAGUAACGGGAAGCGCCUGAUCGGAGCCGUGAGUCCAUUGGAUUAUAAUGAGGGGUGCGAGCGGGACACGAAUUAACACAUAGUGGAACUCCUGGUCACACAAUGAGCCCAUCUCUGCGGGGGUCCAGGCGCGCGUCACGCAGCUAGAACCUCAGUCCGACAGCAUGAAUUGUGGGUGUAGCGCCGUGGCGUGGCUCCUGUGGGUGAAGCUGCUGGUUGUGCUGCUGGUGGUGGAGGUGGUGGUGGACGCCCAGCUCAUCUGCUGGCAGGCAAUCGUGCGGUGCCAGGACGAGCCGGCGUGCCACCUGGCCUACGGUCAGUACCUCGCGGCGUGCGAGGGGAACCUCAGGGGCACGCGGAGGCAGUGCCCGAGCCACUGCAUCAGCGCCCUGAUCCGGCUGAACCACACCCGCACCGGGCCAGACCUGGAGGCCUGCGACUGCGCCCAGGACCCCGAGUGCGUCCGGGCCAAGCAGGCCAUCGAGCCCUGCCUUCCCCGCCGCCACCCGAGCGACGCGGGCGGCAUCGGCUGCACCGAGGCCCGGCAGCGCUGCGAGGAGGACGGCAGCUGCCACUCCUCGCUGACCGCCUACCUGUCCUACUGCGGCCAGCUUUUCAACGGUCGCAAGUGCUCGUCGCGCUGCAAGGCCACCAUCCAGCAGAUGCUCUUCAUCCCCAACGGCGCGCUGCUCAACCGCUGCGUGUGCGACGGCGUGGAGAGGCCCUUCUGCGAGGUGGUCAAGGAGAACAUGAGCAAGCUGUGCUCCCUCGGAGACCACGGCGGCCACUCGGAGCAGCCCGAGGUGGACGACGUGUACGAGGACGAGGACUACGACCCCAAGAACGACCGAGAAGAGUACCCGGACCCCCACUCAGGGGCCGGGCGGCUGGCCUUCUGUCUGCCGUUGUUGUACUGGCCCCUGGCUCGAAUACUAGUUUGAGGGCCCCUGGAUGCAACAGCGGCUGAAGGGGUUCCCUGACCUAGAUGGGCAGCAGGGUGAUGGUGGGGGGCAGACUGCCGGACCCCCCCUGGACUUUGAAUAUUUAAUGGAGCAAAUGAAGGAGCUCUUCAUGUCCCACGGAGACGGCAGAUCUUCUGUGAGGACGGAUCGUGUUCAACAAGCGGACGCUUUAGCUUCUAUUCCCUUGAGGAACGACCGGGGAUGUCAGUCUGGUGUUGUGGUUGGUGAGGUGCCUGCCGGCGCCAGAACCUCAGAGAUGGACUGUGUUCCCGGGGCCCCGCGCCGCCGUUGCCCGGGCCCCUGGUCAUCAGUGUUUUGGUGUGUUUGCCGUCACCUAAACAGCCCAGCAGUUUGUUUAGCUAGGUCUCAAUGGCCCUUGGAGUGUGGCUUUAUUAAGACUAAAAACAAACAGGGGGGGCCGGCGGCCGCUCAGUGUUUGCUCUCCACUCCGUCUCGGCCCCCGCUUUGUAGACCACACUUCAGAUAUCUGUGUCAACGGGCCAGCAGGACAAACAAGGCUCUGUGAUCAGCGCCGUCAAUGAGCUCCAGUGCCUCUCGCUGCCCUGUCUCCCUGGAUGACAUGUUUUUAUUGAUCUUUUAGCACCCUAGCACCCGUCACACAUACACACCUCCCCUCCAAGGGCCCCCCUGAUGGGGUCCCCCCUGAUGGGGUCCCCCCCCCCCCUGUGGGGUACUCACCCUUCGUAGAUAUUUAUGGAGCUUUGUCCAGUUCACAAAGUGCACACGGCAACAAGAUGGACUAUUAUACAAUACGAAAGAAAUACCUCACACACGGCCAGGAAGACGGCUUUCUACUCAAGUGGCCCUUCCAUAAGAAUGUAGGAAAGGGUUCCCGUUUCAGAGUGAGCUGCGUGUGACACAUGAACCAGGUCCGUGUUUGAGACACAGAAACAUUGGACUCCAUAGCAGCAGGAGCCGAAUACUGUUCGCUGAAUGUGUUUGUAAUAACGCAUCACGCUUUGGCAUGUACUUCAUGUUGUUUGUAGGAGCGACUUCACGGAAAGUGUUUUAGUUUCAGGGCGAUUCAGAAGGCUGGCUCAGCAUUUGUUGAAUACUUUGAAAACUAUCCUGUGUGAUGGUCCAUUAGUAAUAUCUACUUUUGCUGAGUUUUCCUCUCUGCCCCUGUUUAUAUCUUUAUGCCAGAAUUUUCAAACGUCGACCACUGCCUUAUUAUAGUGAAGUGCCUUGCUCAUGGGAACCUCAGCAAUAGUAAACUCCUCAUUGACUUCCUAUCGGAAAGAUAGACUUGUCCUCUUUCCAAGCUCACCCACAGUGAAACAAAAGAAGGCAUUCUGUUCCUCUGAUCCGUAGUAAAGAAGCAUGUUUCCUGUCAUUCAAGUGUCUCUAAACUAAUCUCUAUUUUCUUAUGAAGCUCAUGAAUGUUUAUUUCAGUGUGUGAACAUCUAGCGGUUAAUUAAAGGGAACUUGUUGAUAUUUGUUAAAUUAUGAAGGUAGAGAUUGGUGAAUGUAUGUAUAUCACACUUAUAUGCUGUACGUCGUGUUUACUUUAAUGUUCAAGUUAAUACAAUAACACAUUCUAUUAGCAGUCUGAUUUUAUACACAAGGUCCUAAGUAAUGUUUCAUCUGGAUGCUGAGAAAACGCCAGAGCCCUCUCCUUUGUAUGCAUUUGCUGUUUUUGUAAUAAACUGUUUUUGAACUGUUAUAGUUUGUUUCUCUAAUGUACAUAACCAGCCUUUACAGAAACAC